AUGAACCCUGCCGCUCAAUCAGUGAUAUCCCAUCAAUAUAGUAACCUAAAAUAUUCUGUAUCCAACUCAGCACUACUAAUUCAUGAUGAAGGGACAAAAAUCAAACAAUUUUAUCAUAUAGGCCACCGUAUUGAUGGUAAUAAACGCUCUCUUUACGCGCAAGUUCGAAUCUGCACCCACAAAAUUUAUAACAUAAGAAGAGCAGUCAAGUCAUACACAUUAGCAGAUGAUGCUUUUGUUUCUGCUAGUGGAAAUGACGUAGGUUUUAGAUCACAAGCAGGGCUUAAUUUAUCAGCAAUAAUGAAUGAGAUUACCAUUAUGUCAAAGCUAAACCAUCCUAAUUUAGUUAAAUUAUUUGAAGUCUUUCUUGAAUCACGGCACAUACACUUAGUCAUUGAACUUUGCAAAGGAGGAGAAAUUUUUGAUUUGCUUGCAAAAGAACAGAGACUAAACUACAGCCAGGCACUGAAUAUUACUGCCCAGAUUUUAUUUGGACUGAAACAUAUGCACGCAGCAAGACUGUGUCACAGAGCUUUGUGCAUAGAAAAUGUGAUGUUUAAAGACAAAGAAAAGACUGAGGUAAAAAUCAUUAGUUUUAGCAACACAGGAGAAUUGAAAAACUUCACAUUGGCUGAAAGGUAUGGAAGUCCAUUGUAUAUGGCCCCUGAAGUUUUUGCUGGUAGGUACAAUGAAAAGUGUGAUAUUUGAUCCACUGGAGUAAUUUUAUACACAAUGCUAGUAGGACAUCAGCCUUUCCAAGGGAAAGGCUACGUCGAAAUAAUCAAAGCUGUCAAUAAAGGAAAAGUUGCAAGUGACCCAAUCUAUAAGCAGCAGUCUUUUGAAAUAAAAAGCUUUAUCAAAACUAUGCUCAGGAAAGACACCACCAGGCCAGGAGCUGCUGAAUUGUUAGAAAGCUCUUAUUUCCCUUCUUAUUUUCAAGAAAAACGCUUGCAGCUAUACCAAAACAUCACAAAUUUCUUUCACACAGUAGCUGAAUCAGGCACCCUUUUACCUAAAUUUAAGCUGGGGAUGAUUUUUAAGAUAUGUGUUUAUAAUGCACUGCUGAAAAGUAAUAGAAUUUGAGAAGAAUUUUAUCCUGAAAGUAUAUGAAAAGAGCUAGAUUCAGGCCAAACAGGAUAUAUUUAUAUAGAUAUCAUGAUUGAAAUGCUUGCUAAAUACACAGGAGGCAUAUUUAACCAAGAAUGGGGAUGACUUGUGCAUGAGUUGCUUGAUGUUCAACAAAAUAGAACUAUAGCCCAUGACUAUUUUAUGGGGUUUACCUUUAAGAUUUAUGAGAAGCAGUUUAUUUAUGAUGUGUUUGACAUGAUGGACGACAAUAAAGAUGGAUUUUUAGCAGUUGAAAAUUUGGUUUUGUACUGCCAAGUUAGCCCUGAGAGGCUGAAUGAGCUGAUUGUUAGGGUGUUAAACACAGAAGUCAUUAGUAUAGAAGAUUUUUGCACAUAUAUAAGUAAGUUUUCUAUGUAA